UCCGUCAUCAUUGAGUGUGUUGCGCUUUAGCGUCAGCCACACUUUCAACGCUAUCCCCGUCUCGGAACGUUUUUGUAGCAUACUUUCACAACACUGGUUUUGUUUAUAUAUCCGUGUGCAAUUAUUCACCCAACGGGCCACCGUUUCCUGCUACAGAGUUGGUGUCUAUCGUCUUUUUUUACUUUUAAUGCGAUCGGGAAAUGAAAAUGUAACGUUAGCUAUCUGUUAGAGGUAGGUUAACGUUAGCUGUUAGCCUUUAGCCACUCAGGCCCGGCCGUAUGUAAGCACAAAGGCCGUGGACACCGCAUAGCUUUUUAACAAUGUAUCCUUCCUGGGGCAAUUAUGGGGCGCCCCAGUCACACGGCUUUGGAGGGGCUCCUGGAGCUGGUCCCCACCGGCCGCCUGGAGGUGGCCACGCCGCCCCUGCACCGGGGUUCGGCGGCUUCGAAGCUUCGUCCGGCGGCUCGAUGUUCUCCAGUCUGCAGGAGCAACACAGACAGCAGAUGCAGCAGCUGCAGAUGCUGCAUCAGAAACAGCUCCAGUCCGUGUUACACCACGGCAAUAAUGCUAAUACGUACGGCGGCGGACAGUCGGUCGGGUAUCCCGGAUCAACGUGGCAUUCAGAAGCAGCAGGACAUUCUGACAGCGGUGCUGGGGCACAGUCGUACUAUCAGAAAGACGAGACUCUUACCCAGCCGCCCAGGGGUCCACCUGCUCCCCAUCCUGGUCACCCACAGCCUCCACCUCUUCCAGCACAGCCGCACCCCAACGACCCCCAACCGGGCCCUCCACCUCCAGAGCCCCAGUCAUCCAAACCACCGGAGAACCCCAGUGCUCACAAAGCCCAAGAGGCCCACAACACAGAUCCAUCCACAACAGAGGAUGAGAACUCUUUAUUUUUGCAGGACCAACAGCAACGAUGGUAUAAACAACAUCUUCAAAACCUACAAAAGUUGAAGCAAGAGAAAGCCAGACAGAAUCAGAGAGACGGCGAUGGUCCUUUUCCGCCACCACCCUCCGGCAAAGCAGCUCCUCCUCCUCCAUCAGAACCACAAAAAGGUGCACCACCUCCACCCCCUCCAAAAGAGGAGCCCCCAGCACCACCUCCACCGCCUGACGAUGCAGGGCCUGAGGUCCCACAAGAUCCAGAGGAGGCUGCCCGCCUACAGCAGUUACAGGCUGCAGCAGCGCAGUGGCAAAAGGUGCAGCAACAGAGAGCAGGCCUACAAUACCAGGCCCUCAUGCAACAACAUGAAAAGCUUCAGCACAUCCUGGAAAAAUACCAACAGCUGAUACAGCAACCAGUAAACCUUCAGUCAAUGUCAGCUGAAGUGCAGUUGCGGCACUUUGAAACGCAACAGCAGCUGUUCACCCCUUUAUUCCAAGACUGGGACCACUCUUUUGUCCUGUGGUAUGAGCAGUUCAAGACUUAUCCCCACAAAGACCAAUUGCAGGACUAUGAGCGCCAAUGGAAACAGUGGCAGGAGCAGAUGAAUGCCACCAAUGCCCACCUUCAAGAAAGGGUGGCCACUCUUACUGCCCUGGUGCCAUUCCCUUCUAGCCAGUUUAGUAGUGGUAUAAUGGGGCAAUUUGGCCCAUACCCUGGACAAAAUGUGCAGAUGCAGCAGCAGCAUUCCCCACUUGGUGUUGGAUCAAACGCUCAAGGUUCUCGGCCAUCUGGUUUUGGGACACAUUCAGAAUCCCCUGCUGGACCCCCCGCACACAACAUAGGAGUCAGACCCCCGGGUCCCACCACGAUUCAGCCUUCAAGCAUCAACAGCAUCAGAGGUCCAUGUCCUGUUCCCAGCGAAAACAGCCCAAGAUUUGACCGGCCAAAGCAAGGUUUUGAUGAUCAUCCGAGGUUUGAGCAACCACAGCAGCGAUUUGAAGGUCCCCCAAGUUUUGACCAAUCACAGCAUCACUUUGAUGGCUCCACAAGGUUCAAUCAACCACAGCAGCGCUUUGACAGUCCCCCCAGAUUUGACCAGGCAAGGCAGCGCUUUGAUGGUCCCCCCAGAUUUGACCAACCAAGGCAGCGCUAUGAUGGUCCCCCCAGAUUUGACCAACCAAGGCAGCGCUUUGACGGUCCCCCCAGAUUUGACCAGCCACGGCAGCGUUUUGACGGUCCCCCCAGAUUUGACCAGCCACGGCAGCGUUUUGAUGGUCCGCCCAGAUUUGACCAACCAAGGCAGCGCUUUGAUGGUCCCACCAGAUUUGACCAACCAAGGCAGCGCUUUGAUGCUCCCCCCAGAUUUGACCAAUCUCGAUUUGGACAGCAGCCUAGGUUUGAGCAGGUCCCACGGCUUCCCAGCACUGCACCUGUUUUUGAACGAGCACCUGCACCUCAGCAAAAACUACAGCAAGUGCCCCAGCCCAACGCCCAACAAGUUACUAAACAACCUGCCACUAUAGAUCCCAAGACUUCUGGAAAGUCAUGUGGGCGGCCUCAGCCCGAAAAAGAAAAAAGUGAAUCAAAAUCAGCCAGUAAGGCCAAUGCUGAAGAUCUGACAGAUGACAACUUGCUUGCAACAGAAGGUUUUUUUGUCCAAAGUGACCCCAUUCCUCAGACAUUACAAACAAUACAGAAGUCUGAGGUAUUAGAUGACAAUAAUGCUUCUAAGGAUGACAAGGAAGUCCAACCCGGAAUCAGUACUCCUUCUGUAACUGGUCCUCCUAGUGGGACUUCAAAAGGUACUGCUACACAAAAUCCCCUCAAACCAGAUGAAAUAAUGACAAACAACAAACCCCCACUGGUUCCAAAGCCCCCUGUAAUCCAACAGAAGCCACAAGCUUCUGGCCAAAUGCUCUCAAGACCAGAUCCACCAAGGCUUCCCCCAGGGAGGGGACGUGGUCUGCCUCCAGUACCUGUCCAAGUGCAUGGACGAGGACGUGGGCAGAGGGGCCCUGGAGAUUUUAGGGGACCAAACACUGUACCACUUGGGGAGGACAUGGAAGAAAUGUCUUAUGACUACAUGCCACCAGAAGAGAAUGAGGAGGCACCCGAAGAGCAGGAUGAAUAUCACUGGCAAGAUCCUUCAUAUGAGCAGUGUGAUGGUGAGGAAUUGGAGGAGCCCUCUGAAGAAAUGUGGAUGCCAGGCGGACAUCACUACUCAGCAGAGGAAGAGUAUUAUGAGGAGCCAAUUGGAGGUCUCCCCGCAGGCAGAGGAGGCCCUCCAAUGCUAAGAGGGGGCCCGCCGAUGGGUAGAGGGGGCCCGCCGAUGGGUAGAGGGGGCCCGCCGAUGGGUAGAGGGGGCCCGCCAAUGGGCAGAGGGGGCCCGCCGAUGGGCAGAGGGGGCCCGCCGAUGGGCCGAGGGGGCCCGCCAAUGGGCCGAGGGUGGCCGCCAAUGGGCCGAGGGGGGCCGCCAAUGGGCAGAGGGGGUCCGCCGAUGGGUAGAGGGGGUCCGCCGAUUGGUAGAGGGUGGCCGCCAAUGGGUAGAGGGGGGCCGCCUAUGGGUAGAGGCGGGCCGCCUAUGGGUAGAGGGGGACCAAUGGACAGGUACUGGGAGGAUCCUGAAUCCGCAGAGUACUCCGAGGAAGGGUAUCCUUUCUGGGGAGAAAUUAGACCUCCAAUGAGAGGCAUGAGACCCCCGUUUCCACCUGGCCGGGGUCGUCCCCCACGUGGUCAUCCUGGUUUUAUGCACCAAGGACCAGGACGGCCCCCUCACCCAGCACAUGGUCCAAUGGAUCAUGAACCUUUAGACCAUGGAAUGGAAAUUGACGAUACCGAAAUGGAAGAUCCCCAUAGCCAUCCAAUGGCUUCCGACGUGGGACGAGGCAGGCGACGCGGGCCACCACCACCACCUCACAAAAUGAUGGAUUCUAUGGAGGAUUCGUUAUACGAUGAAGGCAUCGAGUUAGGGUGGCAACCACCACAUAGCAGAGGUCCUCCUAUGCCUCCACAUGAGAUGAUCGAUUCGGGAGGAAUGAGGGGGAGAACUAUGGGUCGAGGGAUGGCAAGAGGCAUGUGGCGGCCAGGUGCGACGCAGAAGGAAUCUGAAGAGGGACACAGUGAGGGUUUCGUUGAGGAUUAUCAUCACGGAGAACAUGGUUCUCACUGGCGGCCUCAACAGGACUACCAUCCUGAUGACUGUGGCCAUGACUCCAAGUACUAUGAGUCUGAAUAUAACAGAGGCCGCACUCCUCCUGCGAGUGACUAUCCUCCUCGCAUGCCACCACCACAGCCUUACAGAGAUGGCCAUAGGCCAGAGGAAAGAGAAAGAGGAAAACCAUAUCCUUAUGGUGAACAUGAUCUGGGUAGAGGAGAACUUAGAAUUCGUGAAUAUGGGGUAGACCCACCGUACCGACAGGGAGAUCCACCAUACCCACCCCCCAUAGCGCCUCCAGAAUGGGAUAGGCCGUCAAGACUUCCUCCACCCCCAGAGAGAGGCUAUCCUUCUGAAUUUGGGGAUCGCAGAGGCCGCUAUAAUGAGCACAGGGAAGAACCUCCUUUGGAUGUACGUCCCCCUUUGUCUCCGGCUUCAGCGGUCAAAAACUUGCAAGAGAGCUCCGUUGAUCCAGCAUCCCAAGGAACAAGUGGGGCAAAUGUUCUCGCUCUCUCCCAACGGCAGCAUGAGAUCAUCCUGAAAGCUGCUCAGGAGCUUAAACUUAUCAGGGAGUUGCAAGAGGGUAAGACACCUGGCACUGAACCUCAGCCUGCACCAACCGACAUCCUGUCCGAGCUUCCUGCUGGUCUUCUUGGUUUGGAGAUCCCACCAGACGUCAGGAAUGUUCUGAAGGGCAUGACUGCAGCAGCACAGACGGCUGUACCCAAACCUGUGUCCUGGGAUGCAAAGCCUGCUGCCACAGAUUACCAGCCUUCUCUCUCCAAACCGUCAAUGAUUCCAAAGACUGUGGAUUAUGGACAUGGGCAUGAGCUUGGAGCCACUGUUGAGCGAAUCGCCUAUGGUGAGAGAAUUGUGUUGAGGCCUGACCCAACACCAUCAGACAGGGGCUAUGAAAAAGAACCUCUGGGUCCCAGAGAUCCCUACAGCAGAGAUCCAUAUUACGACAGACGACUGGACCCUUAUAUGGACCGCCGGGAGUACAGCCGAGAGCGGGAAUUAUACAGAGAAAAGUUACAACCUGAAUAUGAACGGGACCGAUAUGAGAGGGAGCGAUAUGUCUCACGAGAGAAAGAUGACAGCAUACAGUCCAUGGUUGAAGAAAGAUCUCCACUGGCACCUCCCUCGCGCCCAGGAUACAGGGAGAGAGAGCGGGAUCUUCGAGAGAGGGAGAGAAGUGACAGUCGUGAUCGAGAUGAGCAUUAUGGGAGGCCCGGCUACGACAGACCUCCAUACGAGCGCACCGGGCUCGAUCGCAGUGUGCCUGAGCGUUACGGCCAUAGCUCCUCCCCUUACGACCGAAGAAGUUACCCAGAAGACCGAGGGCCUCCCACUGCUCCAUCCCUCCCACCUCCGCCUCAGCCGGCCCCACGAGUCGAGAGGAAGCCGGAAAUCAAAAAUAUCGACGAUAUCCUCAAACCACCAGGCAGAUCAUCUCGUCCUGAAAGGAUCGUCAUCAUCAUGAGAGGGCUUCCAGGAAGCGGGAAAAGUCAUGUUGCAAAGCUCAUACGGGAUAAGGAAGUCGAUUGUGGCGGUGCACCCCCGAGAGUUCUUGUUUUGGAUGAUUAUUUCAUGACGGAGGUUGAUAAAGUAGAAAAAGAUCCAGACACUGGGAGAAGGGUCAAAAACAAGGUCCUUGAGUAUGAGUAUGAACCGGAGAUGGAAGAUACCUACCGGAACAGCAUGCUCAAAACAUUCAAGAAGACUCUCGAUGACGGCUUUUUCCCCUUCAUCAUUUUAGACACUAUUAAUGACAGGGUUAAACAUUUCGACCAGUUCUGGAGCGCAGCCAAAACAAAAGGCUUUGAGGUGUAUCUUGCUGAAAUCACCGCAGACGCUCAAACAUGUGCAAAGAGAAAUGUUCAUGGGCGACCGCUUAAGGAUAUAUUGAAGAUGUCCAACAACUGGGAGCCUUCGCCACGUCACAUGGUGCGCUUGGAUGUCCGGUCCCUGCUUCAGGAUGCUGCUAUAGAGGAGGUCGAAAUGGAAGACUUCAAUCCUGAUGACGAGCCCAAGGAGCUGAAGAGAGAGGAGGAAGAAGAGGGUGAUCUGGGCUACAUUCCAAAAAGCAAAUGGGAGAUGGACACGUCCGAGGCGAAGCUCGACAAGUUGGACGGUCUGGGGAGCGGUGGCAAGAGGAAGCGUGAAGACAUGGAGCACCUGGAGGACUACCUUCAGCUGCCGGACGACUAUGCCACGCGCAUGUCGGAACCAGGAAAGAAGCGGGUCCGUUGGGCUGAUCUCGAAGAGCAAAAGGAAGCGGAUCGAAAGCGCGCUAUCGGCUUUGUAGUGGGUCAAACGGACUGGGAGAGAAUAACGGAUGAGAGCGGACAGCUGGCACAAAAAGCUCUCAACCGUACCAAGUAUUUCUAAGAAGAUAAUCUCCCCCCCCCCCCCCUUCCCUUCAUUAAAAGGUUUCCAGAAUGUGAAAAACACUGAAGCUUACUCGCGGUGGAGACUCGUCCGUCCCGCCAACGGUUAUCAUUUCUUAGUCAUUUCAUUCAUAUGCAGUACUUUUCCUUCUCGUUUUUAAACAGGCUCUCUGGGUAGUCUCUGAUCAAUUUGUAGGUUACAACUCUGUGCUGCUUCCGGUCAUGUAUUUGGUCUUCAGCCAUGAGUCCUGCUGUCUUUUUUACUCUUCAUGCUUUUUGUGCCGUUUACCUGUAGAAAUGUUUUCUUGGAUCCAUGUAUACUUGAAAAAACACAAUAAAACAUUCACAAAAUCAC